AUGGCCACAAGGACCCUCAUCAUUGACCGUGGGUCUGGCUUCCUGAAAGCCAGCCUGUCCCACUGGAAUGAGCCAUGGGCAGUUGUUCAGAGCAUUGUGAACUGUUUGCCUUGUGCAGAGAACCCAGGCUCCAGUGAGGCCUCAAAGAGCCCUCAACUGGGCAUUGGCAUGCUCUACCAUGAAACCUUCAGUUACUCCAUGCAGCUUGACCAUGUCAUGAUCUGGGAGGGUUGUCCCCUGCUGUCCUACAGGAAGACAUUGGAGUUCACCAGGCAGGAGCUUCUGGUCUAUCUUUCAAAGAGCCUGUUCCCUGGGACCCAUGGCUCCUCCAACCUGUACCUGAUGAAUGGCGCUGCUGGGGUACAGGCAUUCUCUUGGAGGCCUUUGAGGGUCCCCAAGCACCAGAUGCUCUCAUCUCGUGUGGUAGCCUGUGGAGAGAACGGUGUGUAUCCUGGUUUCACUGAGAGCCUGUACAACGAGCUAUGUUAG